AUGGCCGAUGCCGACGAGGAUGUCGUCUUUCACCCUACCUCUACCGUCUCUGCGCCGCAGGCCGAGAUCGAUCUUUCAGAUGAAGUGCAGGACUUUCGGUUUCUGAACACUGUCAGCCUCGUCACCGACCCUUCGCAAGUCACCAUCCCUCGCCGCGGUGAAAAGGACUUUGAGCCCAAUCCCACCAUCUUACAGUCAGAUACACUAGCCACGUCGCGAAAUGCAAUGCACAAUGCAAUAUCACAUCCGCGCUUAGGGUCGUCUAAGAAUCGCAUCGUUGGCAUUUAUUGCCCGGAAGGACCAACGCCGCUUGUCACUGAUACGAAUCAAGAAGUGGCGGCGGAGGAAGAUGGGAAAACACCUGCAAAGCCGAAGCCGGUUGUCAAAGAUCCAAUGAGCGGCAUUCCGUCCGAUGCAUGUGUUCAUGUUACCAAUUCGAAGGGACCAUUUUUCAAAACAGUCGGCAAGACGGAUCGUUGGAAUCGCACAUGGCUUCUGCCGGAAGAGGCGCUCUAUCUCCUUGAAAGAGGCACCCUUGAUAUCAGGUGGCCCGCUUCGAUUACAGGCACUGUUCAAACGGAGACGGAUGCCGAAGAGAUGGAUAUACCGAUGAGCUUGCAAGCGGCGUAUGCCUGUUUGAUGGGUCGCGGGGGGCUGACCUUGGAAAGAUAUAUCGUCUACACUGGCUUGAAACGACUGGGAUACACAUUGAGGCGUGCUCCUGCGUGGUACGGCGCUCAGGAUGAGCCGGAGACUGAGCCGGAUGGUGAAAGUAGGAUUGUCUCAUAUGCCAAGGGCAUCUCGAAUUGCUGGAGUCGAUUUUACAAUUCCAUUCCCAACAUUUGGGAGUCGGACUACUCAGCGCAGGGCCCCUUGAUUGGAUUUCGGGCUCCUCGAACUUACAAUGCCGUCUUUCGCAAGCUGGCCUUGAUUCCCACCGAAGACGCAGCAGUCAAAAGACCUUCUAGGAAACAAACAGAAGCCCCCUUCCAGUUCGUAUAUCAUGUUUACAAGCCGAACACCCCGUUCAAAAAGUCCGCUCCUCCAGCGCCAGAUUUUCGCAUCGCAGUAGUCGACGCACGCAUUCAGACGUCUAUUCCCACGCUCCGGCAGAUUCGAGCACUCCUUGCGACAAGCCCAUAUGAUCCACCCAAGGGUGAGAAGAUGGAGCGUCACCUCUACGCACGUCUACGCCAGGGAUAUCGCAGCGCGAUUCUUGCUAUUGUUGACCAGGGCGUGGUCAGUUAUCUCCGUUUUGGCGACGCUGGGUUCUCGAAAGAGAAGAUAUUUGAGACACAAGGACCGCCGAGGGGGCCGAAGACGGGCGGUUUUUCAAAGAAUAACAGGGGCAGGGAAGGGAAGCCAACCGCAAGGACCGCAUUGACCAAUGGUGAACUUGGUCCAAUGAAGGUCGUCCGUCUAUGGGAAGAUGAGACAGGACGACGAUGCUUCGGAUGGCGGUAUGGAAAAGAACGACGAGCCAGUCGAAAAGUGCAAGCGUUCCUAUUCCCAGUUGCUAAUUCCUUAACCCCCGAUCCACAUGGAACUCCAAAAGAACAGAAGACCACCAAAAUGGAAAUCGUUGAAUAUCGUAAAACACCGUAA